AUGCUCAGAGGGUCAAGUUACCCAGAGCACAAAUGCAGAAAAGCGAUGAUGAAAUCGAAGGUUCCACGAGGAUUUUUAGCCGAACCUGCCUCCGUACAUCAAGAAAUGAAUGAUGAAGUUUCACCGCAGGUGGAAGAUGAGAAGCAGGAAAGAGGAGAAAACGAUAUAAAGAAAGUGGAACAAUUCUUGAAGAACCUUGUGGAAAACCCUGAAUGGGCCCGCUCCUUACCGUACGUGAAGCUGAAUGCUACUGUUCCAAAAAACAUACAGUUGAAGCUCAUAACGCACGCCUACAUCAAUGUCAACAUGAGACCGAAAUAUAUGACGAUCCUGACCAAAAGCGUGGAUGCGGGAGACCUCGCUCAUUUCGUCAAGAUUGCGUUCGAUACGGCUGAUAGUCCGCCUGAGCGAUCACUGUUUAGAUUAUACUGCAGGAAUCCAGUACCCAGUUUUAAGGCACUACUGAGAGCGAUGCUAGUAGUGUCAAACGAAGAGUCUUCAAUAGAGAUUGAAUAUUCGGAAGUGCUCGGAGAAUUGGCUCACAAAGGAUCGAAGAUUCGGUCAAAAACAGAAGAUGUCAAGGCGUUUUGUAAAGUGGAAGAGCUCGGAAGAGCGCUGGGAAUGCGUUUUUUGACGACUCUCGUUUGUCGUUCGCUUGGAAAUCGUAACCGUCUCCUAAACAUCCGUUAUUACGACGAACUUAAAGCGACAGGAGUACGGGUCGUCGUGAGUAUUAGGCAUUGUUCAAAAUAUUUGAUUUUCCAAAUGGUACCAUCUAGAAAUGUCUGGAACCUGUGA